AUGUCUCCAAAACAUCGAUAUGGAGUAAAUGAAUAUGGAGAAAGAAAUCAUAAUCAACAGGAGAGUGCAGAUUUCUCAAGAAUUGAUAAUAUAUUAAAAGUAUUGUCUAAAUGUCAUGUGGUAGUUGGAUUAAUAUGCUUAGUGUUAUCUGCUUUAGCUGAUUAUUUAUCAUCUACUGUUCAGACGCUUCGAUUUUAUGGCCUUCAAGAGGUAUGCUCUUUUUAUUUUGUAUUACAUGGUAUUGUUGGAAUUGUUGGAGCUGCUAGUCGUAGACGUGGUAUUAUUAUUGCUUUUAUGAUUAUGAGCCUUCAUGCUAUAUUAAUUUUUUGUCCUGCUAUUAUUAUAACAGCUAGUUUUGAUAUACAUUUUUAUCAACAUGAAUGUUGGGGUGUCUGUGAUUGGCAUUUAUUAACUACUAGUAUUGGACAAGAUUCUAAAUGUCAAAUAUUAUGUGGUGCUAGUGUUGAUUAUCAAAAAAGAAGUACAAUGACAAGAUUAGGGACAGAUUAUAAAUUAAUGGCUGGAUUAAUAACGAUAUCAAUAAUAGAAUUAUUGUUAACAAUUGCUUCAACAUUAGUAUGUAGUCAAGAUAUUUUUAAAGGACAUUGUAACAUAUUAUCAUCAACAUUAGAAGAAACAAAGUCCGAUAAUAAUCUCGUAGAGUUGAUUCCUCUUAUAAAUGAUGAUUGA